AUGUCUGAAACGGCAGCUGCUGGGUACAGUCAAGUACCGCAGAAAGGGCGAGAAGUCGAGAUGACCGGCAAGGGAGAAGAAGGUGCGGCGCCCACUACAUCGGGCAACGAAGAUGCCAUUUGCCUGAAGCCCAAGAUGAGCCUGCUCAACGGAAUCACUGUCAUCGUAGGAUCAAUCAUCGGAUCAGGCAUUUUUGUCUCCCCCAAAGGCGUCCUAGAGAACACAGGAAGCGUCGGACUGUCACUGGGCGUGUGGAUCAUUAGCGGCGUCUUCUCAACCAUCGGAGCCUACUGCUAUGCUGAACUAGGAUGCAUGAUCACCAAAACUGGCGCCGACUACGCCUACAUCAUGCAGUCAUUCGGUCCCUUUGUCGCUUUUAUUCGUCUCUGGAUUGAGUGCAUGAUUGUGCGCCCCUGCUCUCAAGCCAUUGUCGCGCUGACAUUUAGCUUCUACGUACUGCGACCCAUUUUUCCAGAUUGCGAUCCCCCAGCGGACGCCGUACGAUAUCUGGCCUGCAUUUGCAUUG